AUGUCGUCUAUCAAUAAGUCGGGUAAGAGGUUUAUUCCCAAAAUGGCUGGAAGGGGCCGCCGUGCAGCCACGGCCACACCUUCGGCCCCAGUAUCUGUGACACGACCAGUAUUAACGCCUAUAGCCACGCCGGUGUCUACACAAACGUCAACGCAAGCUACUGAAGUUGAGAACUUACUAGAAUCACAGACUCCGUUGAACACACAGGAGGCGCAAGAUGCGAGUGUCAACAGCAAGCCGCUGCCGACACCAUUAUCGACGCAGCAUAGUAUACCUAUUGUUCCCGAGGAGGAGAACGAGGAGGAGAAUGAGGAACCGCUCAGUGAUGUUGAUGAACUCAAGGAAGAUUGCAAUAGUAUUGAUGCUGGUAGUAGUGGUAGUAAGGUGGCUCCGGCAUUAAAUCAAGUGGCACGCAAGACAUCAAUCAAUGUUUGUGGUGAAGAGAGGAAGCCAAGUGCCACGUCUUCUGGGUUGAACUUCACGCAACCAAAACCACACCGAACGAGAUUGAACUCUUUAUCACAACCGAGUCCGAUUCCUGGAGUCAAUAACACACGCCGACCAAGCGCUACUACUGUUUCGGGCCUUGAGAACGGGUCCAGGAGGGGGAGCCAAGUCAUACCCAUGAUACCAGUUAGUAGAAGGGGCAGUGUGAAUAUAUCCAGAAGAAGUAGUGUUGGUACUGUUGGUGCUGUAGGGAUUUUAGUUGGAGAAAAUGGCCGUAGAGGUAGUGUUGUUGGUGAGAAUAUAAGGAAUGAAUCGAGUGUCAGUGUCAGUAUUCCGGUGUUCAAGAGCAAGAAGAGAAGGGUGAGUGUACGGCAGGAGAGGGGAGGAGAUUGGAAUGGUGUCACUGAGAAACUCUUUGGAAAGAAGGAAAGCUUUAUGGAUAAACAAUUAGUCGGUGAUGUGAGGGAACAUGGUAUGGACGGUAUGGAUGAAGAUGCAGAAGGAGCAACGGAGAGAGCACAAGAAGUAAAAAAGGACAGGGAAGAAGAAGUGGGUAAGUUGGAGAUUACGGAUGAGGAUGAGAAGCUUGGUAAGAAGCUGAUAUACAACAAUGAGACGAAGAAAUACGAGGCUGUUGAUGUUGAGGAAUUGAGGAACUACAUUGCAGUGGAGAACCUUCCGAUCAAAUACAAGUUUUCACAUUCAGUGGAGAGUGCCCGUGAGUUGAGAGACAUCCGAGUGAAGGCUGAGGGAAAGCUGAGUAAGAAUUUGAAGAUCAACGAGAGAAAAAUACUAAUGGGUGAGCUAUGUAAGCCGUUUUUGCCUAUUGGGGAGACGAGUGAUAACUACGAGCGGGCACUAGAAGCUGAGGCGAAGAUGAUGAAGACCAGGGUCGAGAGGAGGAAGAUCCGGGAGAAGGCCCGUCAGUUACGAAUGAGUGAGGAGGAGGUUGUUAAAUUGAGUGAGAACUACAAUUUACAGGUUAUGGAGAUCAACGAGAGUGAGCGGCGGGCCAAGGUGAAGGAGCUGAUGGAUAAAGAGAAUGAAGAUACGAGGCGACACAAUGUGCCAGUUCUUACUAUGGAAGGUGGCAAGGUUACGUAUAGUCAUGAGAGUACAGUUGUUGAUCGACACGAGGACACCAAAGUUGAGAUGGAGCGUGUUGAGGAGAAUCCUUUUGAGAACAUUGUCACUUCUAGUAGUUACACUAAGCGACGCACCACUAUGAAGUGGACUGCGCAGGAGGUUGCUGAGUUGUUAAGGGGGGUUUCCCUUUGGGGGACUGAUUUUGGGCUAAUUGCGCAGCUUUUCCCGCAUCGUACACGUAAGCAGGUGAAGGCCCGAUUCCUUUUAGAGGAGAAGCAGCGUCCUCAUUUGGUGGAGUUUGCGUUAUUAAGAAAGGCACCUGUUGAUGUGGAUGAGUACAGUGGUAAGAGUGGAGUUAAGUUCAAGGAUCUUAGCGAGUACAAGCGGGAAUUUGAGGAGCUCAAGGAGAAGCAUGAGCAGGAGAUACUGAAGAUGGGAGAGGCUAGGGAGAGAGCAAUAGCUGAGGAUCGAGCUGGAGGAGGAGGGGGUGUUGUUAUACCAAAGAAGAGGAGCCGGAAGGCCGUUUUGGCUGAGUUUCGAAAGAACGAAGAAGUUGUUGGUGUCUUGGAGAAGUGA